AUGAUUGCUUCCCUUUUUAGGAGAACGAAAACAAAAGUUUUUCUCUGUUACCCGCCGGCGAUGAAAGUGACACAGAACCCAUGGAACAAUACAAUCUGGAGGUGUGGUCGUUCUCCAGUCAAAAAAGAUGUCAUCGAAAUGAAAAAAAAACGUCCUCCCACUCGCACUUUUUUCCCGAUGAAAUGCACUUUUUCCCCCUCACCGAGUUUGGUGUCAAAAUUGACAUACAACACGGGGUAG